AUGCCGACCACAUGGUGCUGCUGGGCGCUCCUGCUGUCAAUCAUCUCUCCGGUGCUCGGAGCUGACUUGAGAUCAGCAAAUGGCGACAAGUCCAAAAUCAAGUCCUACUGGUCUGCCAGCAGCAAGGCAGCUCAGACUCUGUCAGUCAGCCGCCUUCUGGCCCACACGCUGGACGGCAAGGACAACUUCACCUCGGUGGAACUGGACUUCCACAUGGAGGAAGACUUGGAAUCAGACUCCAAGCGGUGGACCUGGCUCUACAACUCGUCCACAUCUUCGGCCACGGGGGGGCGCUCCCGGGCCAAGAGGAGGCCCAUCGUGAAGACGGGCAAGUUCAAGAAGAUGUUCGGCUGGGGAGACUUCCACUCCAACAUCAAGACGGUCAAGCUCAACCUGCUCAUCACCGGCAAGAUCGUAGACCACGGCAACGGUACCUUCAGCGUCUACUUCCGACACAACUCCACCGGGCAGGGUAACGUGUCGGUGGGACUCGUACCGCCCACCAAGGCCGUGGAGUUCCAGGUCCACCAUCACCAGCAGCAGAACCACCACCAGCACGAGCUCCGGGUCCAGCAGCAGACGGCAGUUGAGAGCAAGGAGAGCAAGCUGUUCAACUGCCGGGUGGAGUACGAGAAGGUUGAACGCGGCACCCGGAACUCGCUGUGCGCCCACGACCCGUCGCAGAGUUGCCCUCAGGACCAGACCCAGAGCCACGUGUCCUGGUUGUGCUCCAAGCCCUUCAAAGUCAUCUGCAUCUUCAUCACCUUCCACAGCACCGACUACAAGCUGGUGCAGAAGGUAUGUCCCGACUACAACUACCACAGCGACACGCCCUACACGCCCACCGGUUGACUGGGACGAAGGAGGAAGAAAAAGCGGACUCAUCCCGGUCCUCAGCCUGGAGGCUGGUGACGGUGCAUUCAGGGAAGCUUGGUCAACUCCCUCAAAGUGAAUCAUGUAAAUAUGCAGAUGCCACUCAGACAGCGUUCAUCUUUCGUUUUGUUCGUCAUCGGGGGCUUUUUCCGGCUCA